AACCUCAAAAUCAUAAAAUCAGUGUCACGAUAUUCACGAUUACGUGAAUAUAUUCACUAAAAAUGUCUAAUAACAGCCUGUUUUUGAAGUCUGGCUUUGUGAGGGCGCCUCUGCAGAACGGCGUUGGCCGCUACGUAUGCCAAUUGCAAAGGAUUGUGCUUAAAUUCUGUAAAAGUCAUGGCAGCAGUCGCGGUAUGAGGGACUUCAUUGAGCAAGACCUGGUGGAGUUUGCACGGGAGAACCCUGGCGUGGUGGUGUACCUUAAACCGCGGCGACACCGCGCGCCGGUUGUUGUCGGAGAGUACUUAAACGGCGACCGUGUCUGGAUGAACAUGUGCAACAAGCAGCAAUCAGAAAUCACGAAAUGGAUGGAAGUCCUCCGCACCCAACAGGGCGAUGUGUCUAACACCCGUCUCCGGAAAUACCAGCACACAGACCACCCGUCCAUACAGGGCGCCUGGACGCCUUGGACGUUUAAGGCACCUGAACUUAAUACUGCUACGCUACCGGAUGCGGAGUUCGGAAGGAAUGACAGGCUUCCGCGCUCGGCGACGGAGGAGCUGCGGCUGCUGUUCGAGAAACAGAGGCUGGACGAAAAACAACUCAAGACUGGAGAAUAGACUACAAGUAUUU